ACAAUGCAUGUUUUUGGGAUGUGGGAGGAAACCAGAGUUCCACGCAGGCACGGGGAGAACAUGCAAACUCCACACAGGAAGGCCAAAGCCUGGGAUUGAAGCCUUGAUCUCAGAACUGUGAGGCGGACGUGCUAACCACUCAGCCACCGUGCCUAAAAGUAUAUUGUUUUCGAACAAGCUUGUCUGCUUUCACGUAACAAGGGUAAAGAUAAAGGGCCAAAACGGCCAGCAGGCCCCCCGGAGCCGAAGCAGAAACAGCCCGUGGCUCGCUCAAGUCCAAAGCUGUGAUGGUGCUGAACAAGCUUCGAGUGUCUGUGGAGCUGCUCAUUGCUUUGGCCGCUCUUUUGUGCUGGCUGACAGUGGGCGUGGUCAUGUUUGAUUUUGUGGAGUACAAGGCUGUACCAGACAUCCAGCACAUCAUGUCCGAUCCGGUCCAAGCCGCAUACGACGCUGUCGAGGAAGUGUCCCAUCUUGUCAACAAGUUUCAAGAAUGCGCACCUGACUUAAGCAACCCUGCGUCUGCCGGCACAUACGCGCUGGAUGAAAUAGGUCGAGCCAAAGAUGCGUUUGUGCGAUAUUUCUCCGACGAGGAAGGUGUUUUCUACCUGAGUUAUGUGGAUCCAGUGGUGACGGGUAGAAAACUUUUCCACUCCGCUGAUGAGUGUGUGUCCGGGGCUGCGGCGUCCCUCAGGGACACGGUCUGUGCCGCUGUGGACGCCGUGUUGUACUCUAUAGCGCAUAUCUAUAAAGUGUUGUCUUCAGGUACAAUAGACCUGAGCUUCAUGGAUCCGGUUCCGUGGUGCCGAGGACUGUUCUCCUGCACAAAUAACUUUGUGUGCCGCCUGAUGGGUUCCAUUCAACAGCUUCUCUGUGGCAUCUUGGACUCAGUUCUCGAUUUAAUUCGAGGAAGCAUCGACAUCAGCUUUUUGGACCCGGUGGCGUUCGGUGGGAACGUCGUCAGCGUCGCAAACGACACUGUCAACAAAAUAACAGGCGGUCUGCAGGAAGUGAUGGCGGUCACUACAGACGGCGUGGUUGACAUCGUCAAUGACAUCCAGGCAACACUAUACUUCAGCCCCUCCGCCGCCCUUAACAGAACGACCCAGAUCGUCACAGAGCAGUACCGCCUGCUAGUUGACACCAUUGUGGGGUACUUGCCCGACGUCACCUUGGAUCCUGCCAAAGCGGUGGAAGAUGCCGCGUUGGCGCUGACUGACAAGAAGGAUUUGUUCAUGGCCUACAUGUCGGCCAUGAUUGUUGGACAGCAAGCCGAGCCUGUUGCUUCACCGCCUGAGGACGUCAUUCAUGAAAAAGAUGAAAGCAUACCAUCUUACUCAGACAGACAAAUAGUGAGGCGAAAAGGUGAAUUUCUGCCAACAUAUGUCAAAGCUGGUGAUUCAGUUCCGGAGGUGAUGAUGAUGAUGAUGAUGCACGCUGCCGCCAAAGAUCGCCAUGAAGACGAAAAAGCGUCAGAAGCAGACCAGGUGGAAGGCGUUGGCUUUGGAGCGUCACUGGAUAUCCAAGAGGAGGAGAAGGAGGAGACUGAAAGAACAGAAGACCUGUCAGUUGGGCAGAAGUUAGAGGAGGAGAUCAAAUUUUAUGACAUAGAUCAGGAGAAAAGUUACGAUGAUGUAGAGACUGACACUACAACAGUUGUUGAAACACAAAUUGUAAAUGGCGAGGAGGAGGACUCAAUAUACAAGGAGUUGAACGCUGUUGUUGAAGAUUAUGAUGGAGGAGGGGUGGAAAAGCACAGCAAGAUGCCAAUAGAUGAGGUGGAAAAGGAGGAACUAACUUUAGCUGAUGAUGAUGAUGAAAACGAGGAAUCCUCAACCAUAGAUGAUCACAAGGAAGAGGACCAGAUAGCAACAGUAGAUGAUAAUGAUGAAGAGGAGGAAACAACUGAUGAGGGAGAUGAGAAAAUAUCUGACAAAGACGAGGAGACCUUGACUAUGACUGAUCAUGACGAGGAUGAGGAACGGGCUACAAUGUUAGAUGAGACAAUAAUAAAUGAUGAUAAUAAUGUAGAGGAGACCAAAACAGAAGGUGAUGAACAAGACAAGGAUACAAAAAUGGUGGACAUUCCUGACAUGGAAGAAGAGAAGACCCACUUAGAUGAGGAGGAGGAGGAAGACACUGAAAACAACUCCUUACACGAUAAAGAGGAGGAAAUACCAAUAGUAGAUGAUCAUGAUGAAGAAGAGGAGACUGCAAAUGAAGAGGAAGAUGAGGAGAUAACAACUGUAAAUGAAGACGAGGACGAAGAGGAGACCAAAGAAAAAAUAAAAAUAGAUAAAGAUGGGGAGAAAUUAUUACUAGAUGUGGGGGUAACAACUACUGAUGAGGAGGCGGAGGAGGGAAAAAUUAGAUUAGGUGAUAAUGAGGAGUAUGAUAAGAAGACAACUCUAGAUGUGGAGGAAGAAGAAAAGGAGACAAUUGUAGUUGAUAAAAAGGAGGCAAAGGAUGAAGAUGACGAGAAAUCAUCCUCACCUGAUGAAGAGGAGGGGGCAACAACAGUAUAUGAUCAUGAUGAGGAAGAGGAGAGGACUUCAGACGAUGAGGAAAUAACCUCUGUACAUGAUGAAGAGGAGGCAGAGGAUGAAGAUCAUGAGAAAACAUCCUUACAUGAUGAAGAGGUGGAGACAGUAACAGAAUAUGAUCAUGAUGAGGAUGAGGAGAAGACUUUAGAUGAGGAGGAGGACAAUGAGAUAACAACUGUACACGAUGAUGAGGACAAGGCCAAAAGAAAGACAAUAACAGGAAUUGAAAAUGAGGAAAAAUUGAGAUUUAAUAAUGAGGCGGAAGUCAAUGAGAAGACAACAACUGUCGAUGAGGAGGAUGAGGAGGAAGGCACUGACAUGCUGGAGGAAAAAACAGUUGUUGAAGAAGAGGAGAAAACAACAUCAGAUGACAAAGACGAUACAACAACACUAGAUGACAAUGAGGAAAAAAUGAUAUUUGCUGAUGAUGGAGAGAAGAAAACAACAUUAGAUGACAAAGAGGAAACAAUAACACUAGAUGAAGAUGAUAAUGAAGAUGAGACAACAAUUGCUGAUGAAGAAGAGGCAACUACAGCGGUGGUUGUCGAUGAUGAUAAGGAGCAGGAGGGCCAUCAUCCUGACGAGGCAGAUGAUAUGGGAGAAGACCGAACGAAUGUUCCUGCUCCCACGCAGCUCCACGCAGUUGUCAAAGAAGCAACGGAAAUAGAGCAUUCACCUGAAGAGGUUGAAGUUCUACCUAAAGACCUUUUAAAAGAAACAACACAUUUAGAGAAAACAGAUGUCGAAAGAGAGGACACUCAUACAAACAAAACCAGUGAGGAGAAACCAGCAGAGACGCGUAAAGCUAUCGCUACACACCUUACAAAAAGGACGAAAAAAGAAGAACUUCUGGAAAGAAAACCAGUGAAGGAGCCGCAAGUUGAAGUAAAAGCCGCCAAGGACAAAAUGGAUGCAAAAAAGCCUUCCGUGGUAAAGACUUACAAAGUUAAAAUGGCGAAAAAAGCAGCGGAAGAUGAUGUGAAGAUGAAGAAACCUGCCAAAGAGGAGAUUAAGGGGAAGGAACCUCUUAGAGAAGAAGAAGGAAUAAAAAAUGAGACACUACAAAAAAAGCCGAUCCCCAAAACUCUAAAGGAAGUGAAGAGGCUAAUCCCCAAAACUCUUAAGGAAGUCAUUGGACCUUCUAGAAAAGAGAAAGAAGUCAAGAAACCUCAAAAAGAAGAAAAAGAAGUCAAAGAACCUUCUCAGAAAGCAAAGAAACUUCCAAAACAAGUCAGAAAGCCUUCUGAGGAGGUCGCAAAACCUCAGAAAGAAGUCAAGGAACCAUAUGGGAUGGAAAUUGAAGUAAUUAGACCGCAAAAAGCUGAGGAGGUUGUCAAGGAAACUUCAAAAGAAGACAAGAAACCUCAGAUGGAGGAGAAAGAGAUCAAGGAGUCAAUAAAGGCAGAAGAUAAAGAAGUCAUAAAACCCCCCAAAGAAGAGAGGGUGGUCAAAAAACCUUCUAAGAAAGAGGAUAAAAUUAAGAAAGCUGAGGAAGAAGAAAAAACAGUCAAAGAACCUUCUGAACAGGUCAGGAAAACCCCAGAAGGAGUUGGUGAGGCUUCAAAAGAAGCCAAGACAUCUCUAAAAGAAGCCAAAGAACCAUCUAUUAAAGAGAAGGAGGUCAAGAAACAUCUAAAAGAACAGAAAGAAGUCAGAAAACCUUCCAAGGAGGUCAAGAAAGAGGACAAAGAGGUCAAAGAACAUUCUGAAGAAGCUCUUAAAGCACAUAAACCUUCAAGUAAAGCCAAAAAAUCUCAUAGAGUAGUCAAAGGACCACAUAGAAAGGAAAAAGUGGUCAGGAAAACACUGGAAAAACCGAAAGAAGUCAAAGACACUUCCAAGGAAGUCGAGAAAGAAGACAAAGAGGUAAAAGAGCAUUUUGGAGAAGCUCCAAAAGAAGUCGAUGAACCUUCAAGAGAAGCCAAGAAACCUCUUAGAGUAGUCAAAGAACCAUCUAGAAAAGAAAAACCUGUCAGGAAAACUCUGAAAGAACUGAAAGAAGUCAAAGACACUUCAAAGGAAGUCGAGAAAGAAGACAAAGAAGUAAAAGAGCAUUUUGGAGAAGCUCCAAAAGAAGUCGAAGAACCUUCAAGAGAAGCCAAGAAACCUCUCAGAGUAGUCAAAGAACCAUCUAGAAAAGAAAAAGUUGUCAGGAAAACUCUGAAAGAACUGAAAGAAGUCAAAGACACUUCAAAGGAAGUCAAGAAAGAAGACAAAGAGGUAAAAGAGCAUUUUGGAGAGGCUCCAAAAGAAGUCGAUGAACCUUCAAGAGAAGCCAAGACACCUCUUAGAGUAGACAAAGAACCAUCUAGAAAAGAAAAAGUGGUCAGGAAAACUCUGAAAGAACUGAAAGAAGUCAAAGACACUUCAAAGGAAGUUGAGAAAGAAGACAAAGAGGUAAAAGAGCAUUUUGGAGAGGCUCCAAAAGAAGUCGAUGAACCUUCAAGAGAAGCCAAGAAACCUCUUAGAGUAGAUAAAGAACCAUCUAGAAAGGAAAGAGUGGUCAGGAAAACUCUGAAAGAACUGAAAGAAGUCAAAGACACUUCAAAGGAAGUCAAGAAAGAAGACAAAGAGGUAAAAGAGCAUUUUGGAAAGGCUCCAAGAGAAGCCGAUGAACCUUCAAGAGAAGCCAAGAAACCUCUUAGAGUAGGCAAAGAACCAUCUAGAAAAGAAAAAGUGGUCAGGAAAACUCUGAAAGAACUGAAAGAAGUCAGAGAAACUUUAAAGGAAGUCAAGAAAGAAGACAAGGAGCUCAAAGAACAUUCUGAAGAAGCGCCAAAAGAAGUUGAUGAGCCUUCAAAAGAAGCCAGGAAAUCUCCUAGCGUAGUCAAAGAACCAUCUAGAAAGGAAAAAGUGGUCAAGAAAAUUGAUAGAGAGGCCGAAGAACCUUCUGAGGAAGCCAAGGAACCUCUGGAAGACAAGAAAAAAGUCAAACAACAUUCUAGAGAACCUAUUAAACCUAAAAAAGAAGCCAUAGUACCUUCAAAAAAAGAGACAGAAGUUAAGGAACCUACAAAAGAAAGCAAAGAACUUCUCAAGGACGCUAAGAAACCUCUAAUAGAGGAGAAAGACAUUAAAGAACCUUCAAAGGAAGCGAAGAAACCGCCGAAAGAACUCAAAGAACAAUCUAGUAAAGGCAAUGAAGUCGGAAAACCUAAGAAAGAAAAGAAGGUCAAACAGUCUACUAAGGAUGAGAUGGAAGAGAAGGUCAAAGUAGACAAGGUUGAGGUCAGCAAACUUCUUAAAGAUCAAAAGGCCGUGGAGUCACUUAAACAAGAGUCUGAAAAACGACCCAGCAAGAAACCCCACAGAAAACCAAGAAUCAUCAGUGCAUUAGUAAAAGAAGCACAAAAGGAACCACCGAAAGAAGACAAGGAGCAUCCACUAAAAGAAAUCGACAAAGCUGUCAAAGAGGAGAAAGACGUCAAGAAACAGCCCAAAGAAGUAAAGAAACCUCCGACGAAGCUGAAAGAAAUACAGACACCUGUCAAAGUAGAUUCCAGGGCAAAUGUUUCUUCUGUAGAACUAAGAGAACCUGAGAAACCACAUAAAGAUGAGUCAGAAGUCAGGAAAUCACCCAGGGAGAGUGUCAAAGUCAGGAGAGAGCCUUCUAAAAGAUUGUUCAAAGUCCAAAAGGAUGUGACAGUAGCUAAGAAUGCAACCAAAGAUGAGCCAGAGGAUAAGAAACCUCAUGAAAAAUUGGUCAUGCGCAGGAGAACUUCCAAAGAACAUCUGGAAGCUCUCAAAAAGCCACGAACAGAAGAAUCACAAGAAGCCAAGAAACCUCCAAAAGAGGAAAAGGAACCAAGGAAGUCCCCUAGAGAACAACUCCAAAAGCAAGGGGUAGAAGAUACAAAAGCUAUCACGUUGGAGAAAAAGGAAAUAAAACCACAUGAAGUAAAGAAAGUGGAGAAGCUGAUCAUAAAACAGGAAAAGCUCCUGAAACCAAUCGAACUGGAGAAAGAUCAGAAGAAACCACUGCAAGAAGUCCAUAAAGAGAGUAAAGCCUCUGAGGGUAAAGAGAAGAAACAAUCUCCCAUGAAAGAGGAAAACAUGCCACUUAAAGAGAAAAUGCUUCUGAAACCAAGAAAGGAAAAGAAAGCUUUCCAAGAAGUCCUGAAGGAGAGUAAACCCACUGCGGUGAAAGAUGAGAAGCAACCACCCAAAAAAGAAGAGACACCACCUAAAGAAGACACCAGGGAAUCUUUGAGAGAGAAGAUGGAAGUCAAAAGAUCCAUCAAAAGACAGACCAGAGCGGAGAAGGAACCAAAGAAAACACCCCAAGAAGCCCCGGAGGAGAAAAAAACCUCUGAAGUGAAAGAGGAGAAGAUUCCACCCAAAAAAGCCAGUGAAGACACAAAAGCACACCUCAAACUAGAAGGUGAAGAGAGGAAACCUUCCAAAAAAGAAAAACACGAAACAGAAGCAAGGAAAACUUUGGAGGAACUUCCGCUCUUGGUGCGGGAGAAGAAAGUAACCAAAACUCUCAAGACGGAAAAAGAAGAACCAAAAGAUGUUGUUUCUAGAGAAGUCAAGAAGCCUCCACUGCAAAAACCAAAGGAACCCUCAAAAGAUCUUCUAAUGCAAUCCAAAAAAGAACCACAGACUUUGUCCAGGGCGCUCUUGAAAGACAGAACAGUGACCCUCAAAGAUACAAUAGAAACUUCUAAAGUGGACAAAGAAGUCAGGAAGACUCAAACAGCUGUUUUACCCAAGAGACCUCUCAGGAUGCUGAGAGUCGCCAAAAAGCAAAUUGCUUCUGUCUUCAAAAAAGAAAGUGUCAAUGUGACAAAAGAAACAGUUCCCAAAGUGACAGCCAAACCAGAACCUGCAAAGAAAGUGUUGCCAGAACAAGAAGGCCCCGCGAAAAAUGUGUCGCUGCUGAAGGAGAGAGUGAAAAUAGUGCCAAUGAAGAAAGUUAUCACAAGGCCAGCAAAGACAGUCCGGGAGUCACCUGCAAAGACACUUGCUCCACCUCGGACCAAGAAGAGUGCCGAUGUCGAAGAAGCGGCGUUGGCUCCCAAAAAUGUGUCAACAACCAGAGACAAAACCAAAGUCUUGCCACUGAAGAAAGAUGACAAGCCUGAAACAAAGAGGGAAAAGGCCCCGUCACUCCUAAAGACAAAAAAAGAGAAGGAGGCCUCCAAAGAAAACCUAAAGCCCACCCCGGUGACAAAAGAAAAAGUUGUGGAGAAGAAGACAACCAAAGAUGAGCCACCUAAAGAAGACAGAGUUCUUAAAGAGAGCCAAGACAAAAAUAAAUCUGCAAAGGAGGAGCAAUCAAAAGCCACACCGGACGAUUUUGUCCCAGAAGAAGAUCUUCCGUACUUCCAGUGUUUCUUCGUGGACGAGGACGAAGCCCAGUUUCCCUUCUACGCAUUCUCGCCGCUGCAGGUCUGAGGUGCAGCACCUGAGGACGGCCGUCUUAGAAGCAUGGGACUGUGGGUAAUUCUGACCAGCUAGACUUCAGAUUUGGUUGAGCUCUCUUAUCAAAUAUUUGCAGCCAAUGUCAUUCCCUUUUGUUUUUGUCGUCGGUUUAUUUGAUUUGGAUUCAUUUUUGCAUUUUUAUUUUUAUGCGAUUGACUGGCAACCAGUUUGGCGUUUACCGGGAAAGUCCGCUGAAGAGAAGUGAUACAAAUAAUGUUUUUUAUUGAUUGAUUCAUUAAUUUUAAGUCUAUCUUUAGUAAUUUUUGGGGGUAACUUUAAGUCAUUUUCUGUACAUUUAUACAGUGGCAGUCUUUUUUUUUUUUUUUUUUAAUUAUGUUUUAUUUCAUUAAAAUUUUUAGUAAAUUAUUUUGUUAGUUUAUAUAGUUAGUCAAUAAUCACGGUUUUAGUUUUUGUCAUAUUUACAUACUUAUGUUAGUUGGUCAUUUUUUGGUCAGUUUUAUUAUGUAGUAAAUACAAUUCUGUGUAUUAUUUUUUUAUUUUUGUUUAUAUUAUUAAUUAUACUUUUCGUCAUCUUCCCAACAAGUUUAUUUCAUAGACUUCAUAAUUAUAUUGACGGGACAAAUUUCACAGACACUGCGCCAUGCCUUCAAGUAUGGGCCGUCCCACACUCAGCUUCAUUUAUUCGCAGUCGGUCAACACACGCAGCGAUCCAACACCAGAUUGGGGUUGAAAAAGUACGACAGCUGCACCGCAUACAAACAGGAAGGAUUGUCUCAGUUGGGUCUAAAACUCGUUCUUUAACUUAGUUAUUUACCCAAGGCAAGCUGACAAAAGGCAGGGCAUAAAGUGAGACAGAGUCAGAGAGUUGACAUUUUUCAACCUCCAGGUUGGGAGAGCCAGGAGACAGAGUUCCGCGACCAGUGCUGUCUCAUCAAAGUCUCUCUCUGAGUUCCCCCGCGCUGCUAACUUUUAUUGAGGGCUUGUUGCUGGGCAGAAUACAGUUACAACCCUGUUGUCCAACGUGGCAGUUUCCAUCGGGCAAGUUCCUUAUUCUAGUCAUUCAUUUAACAGUCACACUCUUGAUUGAAUUAACAGUCACACUCUUGAGCAGGCAAGAUAUCUUUGUUUUGAACACACAUUUGCACUCAAAGUACUGUGGCUCGGUGGAAAAGUACUGAGACGUUGUGUGAUGAAUCAACAUAUGUGUGUCUAUCUAUUUAUCAGCAGAAUUUGAGCAAUUACCGGUAAGCGCAUGAUUAUGGGCUAAAACUGUAUUCUUCAUAAUAGCUUGGGAGUGCGUGUAUAAAAGCUGUGGGAGAGCAAACUGGCAUAAUAUAUUUGGCAUAUAAAAACAAGCUUAUCUUACAGUCUAAGGAGCGAUUUGUUCGAGGAUUCAAGGUAAUUAUCAUAUUUUUCGUACCACGAGUGCAUUUUGAAACGUUAUGAAAAAAAUCAAUGGGAAAUUAACCGCUACGGCAUUGGGCAUCAUAAUUCGCAAUAUUUACGUAAAAUAAAUGCAGGGGGUUUUUUUUGCUUUUAACCAAGAAUCGAGACUGUUUUACGUCCGUAUCUACAAAUAAUUCAGUGAUUUAAGCAUUUAUUCGCAAUAAUUUACAAUUUACAACGUAAAAAGCUCUUUGUGGCGAUUAGGCAGCGCCACAAUGGCUUAAAGACUAGCAACACCUUCGACAUAUUUACGGAAAAUAAAUGCUAACUGCCUGUUUUUUUUGCUUUUUUUUUUUUUUAUGAUGAAACUUUUUUUAUUUCGAGCACGCACACACAAAAGAAACAAAAAACAUACAAUGUAAUUCAACAAAAAUAACUGCACUCGAAAGGAAGUGGGAAGAAGAAAAAACUUAUUUUAUCCCACCCCGGAUCUCAUUGUCCAGCAUCCUUACUCGUGGGAUACUCCUGUCCACACAAUGAAAACGAAGAAAAAUAGACAAAAACUAAGCCAACAGACAACCAACUAAUGUUGGCUCAUUCACAAUAAUUUCAAUAUUUAAACCAAUUGACAAAAACAGCAACACACAUUGUCAGCAAAUUUCAUUAUAUUGUAACCAGACCAUAUUUUUAUACAACGAUUUAAAUUUUUAGAUAUUUUGACACUGCUUGAAAUGAUUGUCUAAAUUGUUUCACUCCACAUACAGACACACGAAAACGUUUGCAAGUAGUUCGAAAUCUUGGCAACAUAAAAUCUCCAGAGCCUCGCAGACUAUGGAUAUUCUCACGAACCUUAAAUAGGUUUUGUAAAUUAUGUGACCGUAAUUCAUUUUUUGCUUUAAAUAGAAUUAUAGCUGUAUGAUAGUUUACAAGAUCUUUGAUUUUUAAUAGUUUUGAGUGAGCAAAUAAACGGUGGGUGUGAUCGAGAAAUCCGACCUUAUGUAUGAUUCGUACCGCACGUUUCUGCAAUGUGACUAAUGAAUUGAUGGUAGAUUUGUAAGUGUUUCCCCACACUUCAAUGCAAUACAUGAAAUAUGGGAGCACUAGAGAACAGUACAAAGUGCGGAGUGCACUGUCAUCAAGAUAUGAUUUCACUUUGUUUAUUGGUGACAAGCUUUUGGAGAUCUUGGUUUUGAUGUGUCUGAUGUGGGCUUUUAACCAAGACUCGAGACUGUUUUACAUCCAUAUCUAUAAAGAAUUUAGGGAUUUAAGCAUUUAUUCACAAGAAUUUUCAACGGAAAAAGCGCUUUGCUUUCACUCGAUCAGGUUUGACGGAGAUACAGUGCCUUGCAAAAGUAUUCGGCCCCCUUGAAUCUUGCA